CUUCCGGGACAGAGGGCGGGCAAGAUGGCGGCGCCCAUGGAGCUGUUCUGCUGGUCGGGGGGCUGGGGGCUGCCGUCAGUGGACCUGGACAGCCUGGCCGUGCUGACCUAUGCCAGAUUUACUGGUGCCCCACUCAAGGUGUACAAGAUCACCAACCCCUGGCGGAGCCCUUCAGGGACUCUGCCUGCCCUUCGGACCAGUCACGGCGAGGUCAUCUCGGUGCCACACAAGAUCAUCACCCAUCUUCGAAAAGAGAAGUACAACGCCGAUUACGAUCUGUCGGCCCGACAAGGGGCAGACACCUUGGCCUUCAUGUCUCUGCUGGAGGAGAAGCUUCUCCCGGUGCUGAUCCAUACUUUUUGGGUGGACACCAAGAACUAUGUGGAGGUGACCCGGAAGUGGUACGCUGAGGCCAUGCCCUUUCCCCUGAACUUCUUCCUUCCUGGCCGCAUGCAGCGGCAGUUCAUGGAGCGGCUGCAGCUGCUGUGCGGGGAGCACAGGCCCGAGAAUGAGGAAGAGCUGGAGAAGGAGCUGUACCAGGAGGCUCGAGAAUGCCUGACCCUGCUCUCCCAGCGCCUGGGCUCUCAGAAAUUCUUCUUUGGGGACGCCCCCGCCUCGCUGGACGCCUUUGUCUUCGGCUACUUGGCGCCGCUGCUGCAGGCCAGGCUGCCCAGCGGGAGGCUCCAGGCCCACCUGCGGGGGCUGCACAACCUCUGCGCCUACUGCGCGCACAUCCUCAGCCUCUACUUCCCCUGGGAUGGAGCGGAGGUGCCGCCUCCACGCCAGACGCCAGCGGGCCCCGAGGCCGAGGAGGAGCCGUACCGGCGCCGGAACCAGGUGCUGUCCGUGCUGGCGGGGCUGGCGGCCAUGGCGGGAUACGCCUUGCUCAGCGGCAUCGUCUCUAUCCAGCGGGCGGCACCCGCCCGGGCCCCCGGCACGCGGUCCCUGAGCAUGGCCGACGAGGAGGAAGACGAGUGACCCCGCCUCGCGCUCCCGGGACGGACUUUUCUACUCUCACACAUUCCAGAGGCUCCUCUGCUUCUCCGUUGUUGGUGCGGCUGGAAAACGGGCGCCACUCCCAUAAUAAAGCUGUCCACGCGGGCUGCA